AUGUCGAAAGUGCGAACGUUCUCUCUGUACGACGUUUUGGGAACGGACUCGUCUUCUGAGGACGAAAAACUUCAACUCUUAGCGGAGUUCAAAGGCCAUGUCAAGAAAGAGCUGGUACACGAAGCAUCCAUACCUCAAUACUUUGAAUGCCUAUGUGAUAUCUUGAACAAGAAUAACGGCAGUCGAGGUGCUGAAAAAAUAUCUGUUCUGUGCCAUUCCACGCUAUGCUACUUGGUCAAAAGAGUAGCGAUGCAAUGUCCAACGGUUUUGAGCACGGAGACGAUUCGCAUGCUUAUGAUCCCGUUGCUGCGAACGGUGCACUCUGGAAGUAAACUAUGGCUUGGAUCUGUGAAAGCUCUAGAAGCUGUAUAUCUCGCACAGCCUGUGGCUUUUGAACAAACGCUUGAAAAUUCACAGCUCCAAGGAAGCGAUCGCGUUGCAACAUUGCUGUUAACAGAUGAGCUUGUACAGUUACACCAGCGAAAUAACAGGAACCCAUUGGAAAUUUUGAACAAAUUCACAAGCCUUUUUCUCGGUAUCUUAAAUGAACCACAGGGCUCCAGAUUCCAGGAUUAUGAGCUCAUACGGGAUAUCCUCGCAAAAUACUACACAACUCAAUCUAUACAGGAGUUCGCUCGCAGAGUGAAAAACCCAGAUAUCAAGCAACUGUUUGAAGUGGCACCUGAGAUCCCAUUGGAUCAAAUAUCAGUGGUAGAUGAUGAGGACGACGGCCAAUUUCAAGACACACAAAACUCGGUUUUCGACAUGGAAGGUGAACUCCGUAGGCUGCUUAAAGAUCAACUCACAUCAACUCUCCCGACGCUCCCAAAGAACUACAAUAGUUUCGAUGCUCUUCGAAAAGAUCUGGAACAUUUAGUCAUUCCCUUCGCUUCUGCAAAAGAAACAGAACACAAUUGGCGGCAAAGACAAGAAUCUAUGAUCGCUUUGAGAGGAAUAAUUGCAGGCAAUGCUUCCCUCGAAUUUGUGGACGAGACUGUUGCUGCUUUCAGAGAAUACCAAAUACCCGACUGUAUUUCGAAGGCAGUGUCGUCUUUAAGAACUUCUCUGUCCAUGCAUGGCUGCCAACUGGUUAAAGAGAUGGCUAGAAAUCUACAAGCCAAAAUAAACCCAAUCGCCGACGGAAUAUUCCUUUCCUUAAAGGUUGUUCUUUCGGCUACGAAGAAAUUAUCAUCUCAGAACGCUUUUUACGCUGCAUGUGUAUUGCUGACGUCAAUGCAUUUUCAUAGCAGAACUUUUCAAUCUUGUUUUUUGCUUUCCAAAGAUAAGAAUGUCGCACCUAGGUGCUACGCCGCUUUAUUUUUGCGUCUCUUUCUGAUCAGAUUCAACUCUAAGCUCGAUCAUUGUGUCAUAUACAUCGAAGAGUGGAUCAAUAGAAGCGCUACAGAUGCUCAAACAAAAGUAAGGGAGUCCAUGAGAGUCACAUUUUGGUAUUACUACAAAGUAUACCCAUCAAAUGCUCAAAAGUUGCUAGAUGGGUUCCCAUCACAAAUACGACGCGCUGUUGAGUCUUCAGUUCCUCAGCAUUUAGGCAUUACUUACACUUCAAACAGUGUGGGUUCCACGGAAACGUCAAGAAGGUCUAGCAUGGGACCGUCACGAACUCCAAGUUACGCAGGACCAACGCACUCCUCUCAUGUACAGAGAUUAAACUCAAUGAGAGCAUCGAAUGGAUAUCAGUCUUCAAGCCGCAACAGAGUAGAAGAACCGGGCGUAAGGAAAGUGAGUGGCUCGAAUAGAAUCGGCGCCGCUGCAGCACGAAAAACUAGUACUUCAACAAGCAAUUCAGAAAGAGUCACCCCGCCACGAUCAAGUGAUGAUCACACUCAGAUCGAUUUGACUGGCGAAAUCACGCAAAACCACUCCAGCACGUUAAUCAAGAAAUAUAUGCAGAGGCCGGUACAAGAGACUGCUCAGAGGGGUGAUUCAGGAAUUGAGUUAGAGAACAUUAAUCGUUGCCUAUCAUCGGAAGAUCAGUCUGAAAAAGAAUUAGGCAUUCAACUUCUCCAAAACGUUUGUCUCAUAGGUCUUCCGCCCCAGAUAGAGAAUUUAAAGCCAGCGGUAGUGCAACUCGUCUCAACAAUGCCUCAGAUACUAGCACCGCUUUUGCAGCUACCGACUUUUCUCGACUUACUUUCCACGGCGCAAGUUAUCGAAAGUUUUGGCAUAAAUAACGUACCUGUCGAGGCGUUAUUGCGACUGUACACGAAGGCUGAUGUGAUUUAUGCGUUAAAGAGAGUAUUCGAUUCGUUUUUCCCCGUGGAAGAGCAAUUACCUUUGCAUUACUUGAAGUAUGGACGUCAAAUACUUGACUACGGAUUUGAUAUACUUACUGAAGUGGCGAAGGAUGAUCUAUCGCUGAAUGAACCAUUUUUGAAGCUAUUGAUAAACAGGCUUUUUGAACUAUACGGCAAAGAUUUUGAUUUGACGAAGUAUUUCAAUGCUCUUUCAUGCGUUUUUGCGUGGGGAAAAGACACAUUCAUAGUUACGCUUGAGGCUGCUCCCAUUUUUCUUCAAUCAAAUAUCGCGCGUGAGCUCGAGAAAAGGGACCCCAUAUUCCGCAGUAGCAUACUCGGAUCGCACUAUGAUCACACAGGCUCUAAUUUAACCGAGGAUAAGCUGUUUACCGAACUCACAAUGAUCAAUCCUUUGACAUACCAGAGAUCUACAAGCGGCGACAGCGUAGCUAUGCAUGAUUUGAAGGAACAUCAGGACGAAAACAUACCUGCUUCGAAAUCCGAUUCGGACGACGAAUUUUCUCAAGACCCAGGAGGGUUUACCAAAUUUGGUGGACUUUCCAAGCUUACCGAAUUAACAAGGGUUGUAAGUCUUUAUGAACAUCACGAAAAUGACAGUUCCGCCUCAAAAAAUCCCAAUUUGGAUAGUGACGGCGACGCUAGAAUGCGUAGUGAGUCCGUGGAACUGACGAGCAAGUCCACUGAUGUUGAUUUAAGCGAUAUAUUCAAUGGCGAAAAACCCCCUCCCAAGGAUACCACAGUGAAGUUCAACGAUAUCCCAUCUUUGAUACAGGAGCAUGAUCAUGCUUCUCUCGACACUGAUAAUCAAAGUGAUAAUGGAGACACCGAUGCAACUAUGAAUACGGAAAACCGUGACGGCUCAAGCACAGAAAAAGACAAGGUGAAACCUGAAGCAAUUUGCACAAUACAUUUGGCUAAGGGAAUUAAUGAGAACGAGCUCCCUGACCCGAACAGCUUAUCUUCGAUGGGGCCGAUCGCUCUGGAGAAAUUGGAUGAGAUUGCUGAGACGUUCGAUUUUUUUGAAUCGCUUUCCUCUAGCGUUGCACUCCGAUUCGCUCUUCACAGUGUAGCAGCCUCUUCCACUGUGCCAUACCGCCUUGAAAACUUAACUAUGAUGAUAGCCAUAAUAAGAAAGGGCUCCUUCACAGAUAGAGACUUGAAACUGCUGAUCACUUUUUUAAUGUCGGGCGCGAAAGAGAGCAGCUUCGUUAAAUGGUUUCGCGCAGAAAAUGGGUACCCUCUACUGCUGGAGAUACACGACCUUCUUUUGAGAUCUCUACACGACAGUCCCAACUUUCCCGAAACACUUGCUUCGAAAUGUCUACUCAUGUCAGCUUGUUUAUUUGUUCUCGAUUCAAGUCUUCCUGGAAUCAGUACUGAUACUCUGAAACAACUUGCCAUGGAAUACGCAUGGGGCUGCCAACUCACAGUUGUUAAAAAGCUUGACAGCUUCGAAGAUGAAAGCUACGUGAUAUGUGAAGAGUUGCGAGAUUAUAUGAUAUCCCGUAACAUCGUUAAAGAAAGCAUUUUAGAAAAACUCGCUGCUGAGUUAGACAUGAAAGAUGGAACACUUGUUCAGCAAACAUUUGUUCUAGCUUCGCUCAGCGUCCUUUCUCGCAGCUCGGCAACUCAGAUUGGCAAAGAUUUUGUCGAAGAUGUGUCUGAAAGGGCUGUAAAGUUCAUCGAAAGUGACCAUUCCGAAUUGCGCAAAGAGUCGACAUUACUACUGAGCAGUCUUUACAGACUUGCAACAGCAGAUGGCGAUGCUAACUGGCAUAUUCUGAAGGAUAUGCCUCGAGGCCGAGCCGAGCUCAUUACGUCGCUUCACACGAACUGGAACGCGUAA